AGCAGCAGCAGCGGGCUGCAGGAUGCACACACAGACAGCUGUCACACUGAAAACACAUUUAACACGGUUUUAAUGACACUUUUAUCCAACAUGCGUGACAGUCAGGCGCGCGUGCACGAUGCCCGAUCGAUCUGUCAUAUAUGAAACUAUCGAUACGGCUCGUGGAAGAAGUUUAUCGGCGGUUUUUCACAGAUUGUGGACGGAGUUAAGUAUGAGGAGUGAGAGAGGAGCUUUUGAAUGGAGCUAACCGGCUAACUGUAGGCUAACAGGGUUAUAUUAACUUUAUCAACAGUUUGACUCAGUGACAGUAACAGAAGACAACAUGGACACACUGCUGGACUUUGAGGAGUGUGUCAAAGACUCACCUGAGUUCAGGCUGAAGCUCGAGCUGUUUGAGGCGGAUGUGUCUGCGCUCGAGACAAAACUGGAUAAGGUGAUGAAGCUGUGCAGUAAGAUGGUGGAGGCGGGUCAAGCCUACAAUGCAGCCAAUCAGCUGUUCCUGACCGGCCUGGCUGAACUUUCCACGUACAACAAGAAGGACAGCGUCAUCACUAACUGUCUGAACCAGUUCAACCAGGGCCUGCAGGAAAUGGUCAGCUUCCACACGAUGUUGUUUGAUCAGACUCAGAGAGCCAUCAGUCAGCAGCUGAGCAACCUCUGUACACAGUUCCUGCCCCAGCUGCUGGAGACCAGGAGGGAGUUUGUCCGGAUAGGGGACGACCUGGAGACGGCCGCUGUCAAGAAUGCUCAGGUGUCUCGCCACAAACCUGGUGAUGCAGAGCGGGCGAGUCACCUGCUGCUUGCCACACGCAAAUGUUACCAACACUUCGCCCUGGACUACUGUCUGCAGCUCAACACCUUCAAGACUCAGCAGAGAAUCGACAUCUUAAACUCAGUGUUUUCCUUUGUCCAUGCUCAGUUCACCUUCUUCCACCAAGGCUUUGACCUGCUCAGGGACCUGGAGCCCACCAUGAAAACCAUGGCAACACAGCUGUCGCAGUUAUCAUCAGACUGUGCAGUUAAGAGAAAAGACCUGGAGAACAGACACCUGCUGGUGCAGCAGAGAGAUGCUUCAGGAGAGCCAAUGGUCAGCCCUUGCCCUGGGAGUGAUGACAUCAUCCAGGGUUACCUCUUCAAACGCUCCCGGAGGAAAUCCAAAACCUGGAAGAGGUGCUGGUUUUUCAUCAGAGACAAUCAACUCAUUUACAGGAAGUCACACAAGGAGGAAGCCGUGGUCCUGUUUGAAGACCUCAGACUGUGUGCUGUCAAAUCACUGGAGCACAUCGACCGACGUUUCUGCUUCGAGCUGCUCUCUGUUCAGAAAUGCUGUGCUCUGCAGGCAGACUCGGAGCAGCUGAAGCAGGCCUGGCUCAGCGCUCUGCAGGGCAGCAUCGACCUUGCCUACAGGGAGAGAGCCGACGUUCAUAUCACACAGCCUAAAGAGCUCCCCCCUCUCCCGUGUGGUGGGGACGCCUCCCCGGGGCCCCCUGCUCAGAGGCCGCCAGCGCUGAGCAUGGCCCUCAGUGGCCCUGGGAACCUGCGGUGUUGCGACUGCGGCGAGGAGGAUCCUCGCUGGGCCUCCAUCAACUUGGGAAUUACCAUGUGCAUUGAGUGCUCUGGCAUACACAGGAGCCUGGGUGUCCACCUGUCCAAGGUGAGAUCUCUCACUCUGGACUCAUGGGAGGCUGAACAGCUGAAGCUGCUCUGUGUUCUGGGAAAUGAUGUCAUGAACCGGAUCUAUGAGGCGCGAUGUUCAGAGGAAGGGCGGAUCAAACCCAGAGCCAACAGCCCGCGGACAGAGAAAGAGACAUGGAUCAAAGAGAAAUAUGUGGAGAAGAGAUUUGUGCAGAGCAGCAGCUCAGCUGGAGCUCAUGGUGGAAAAGGCGAGGCCGGGCUGCGUCUGUAUGGGGCUGCGCUGGCCGGAGACCUGAUUGCCAUGGCAGCAGCAUUGGCACAGGGGGCAGAGGUCAACAGGAGUAUUGCUGAGAAAGGGGGACACACAGCUCUAAUAGGAGCUGCUGUCGGGGGGUCACUGUUAGCUUGUGAGUUCCUGCUGCUGAACGGAGCAAACGUCAACCACCGAGACCAGAGAGGACAGGGAGCACUGCAUGCUGCUGCCACCGCUGGACACACAGGACAGGUGUGUUUGCUGCUGAAGAGAGGAGCCAAUCAGUAUGCUGUAGACGAGAGGGGACAGGACCCAUUGGCCAUCGCCGUAGAAACAGCCCAUGCUGACAUCGUCACACUACUGCGGAUGGCCAGGAUGAACGAAGAGAUGAGAGAUUCAGAAGGAGUCUUUGGAGCUGUGGGAGACGACCAGACGUUUCAGGACAUCUUCCGUGACUUCAGCGACAUGGCGUCACAUGACCCGGAGAGGCUCACCAGACGGAAAUUCAGCCGCGGAGGCGAGGAAGAGGAGGAGGAAGAGGAGGAGGGGGUGGAGGGAGGUGCAGGAGGAGGAGAAAUGGUGAAUAGCCAACACAGUGUUGAGAAGAGGACAGAAUGACAGAAACUGAGAAUAGGAGCCUCUCGGACUGCAGACCCUCUCCACUCCAUGACCACUGGGUUACCACGGUAACAGUUUGAAUGGAGAAGCGUUAAUUUUAACCUCUAAAAGAGUUGACUGACUGCUUCAUGUAAACGAUGUCUAUAAAAUGUUCUAAAACAUAGCAGAUAUGAUAAUAUAGUGGAGUAUACUCUUUACAGUAACAUUGAAAGUAUACUUUAUGUACGGUUACUGCAGUUGGAAAAAGUGUUACUAGUGUUCACGACGACGGAGGAGAAACUUAAUUUCAUCAUCAAUUAAUCUGCAAAUUAUUUUCUGUGUAGAUCGUUUGAUCAAAUAGUCACAUUGACUUAAUACUCACAUACGCAAGUAGAAGCAGACAAGUGUUUUUCUUUAACUUAUAAUGACGUAAAUAUUGUGUACACAAUGCUGUAGGAUAAUGAGAUCAUCGGCGUUUAGGUUGGUUCACUGUAAGCCUUGUUUUAUCAUGCAGCUCUGUUUGCCACAGAGUACCAUCUCCCUGCAACAUGAAGGCUCCAUUUAUGACACAAAGAAAGUGCAUCAAACACUCAGCAACCAAAACAGAGGAUAUUGCUUAUGUUUUCCCCUAGUAGCUAUCGGUAGCUAUCCCCAGUUACCAAAAAGUACCAAUGCAAGUUCACUGCAGUCCCCAGUAGAGGAAAUGGAAGACUGAGGAACAACUCAAGUAUCUGUGGAAAACAAAAUGCAGUGUGUUCAAUGUUGUUGGUAGUUUCAGUGCAUUAUUUAUCCUGUUCUUGUACCGGCAGCUCAUUUAGGUUUUAUUAUAAGCUCUUUUUAGAGAUCGUGCUAUAGAGCCGCUACAAAGUCCCUUUAUCACAGCACCUUCGUUUUUUGACACAGAACCAAACAACAGUGGCAUCAUGCCACUCCAGUAUGCGAUUUUAGACAGCUUACCGGCAUGACGGGCAUGACAAGUACCACAACAGCAUUGGCCUCUAGUUGUAGCUCAUAUAACAUACGUGUCGGCAGUGCUUUGUAAACAAUAAGAGUGGCGUAACAUGGCAAGGACAUAAUUUACCUUCCCUGUUAUAUGGCAGCUGAUCUCAUCCUUUGCUCGGAGGGUGAGGAGCUGCUGGACCUCCUUUUUUCCCAAUUUUCGGGCAUUUCUGGCCGCUGUUCUUCUUCGAGUUAGCUGCUAACUGCUAUCAGCUGCUUUUUAAAUCCCCUGCGGUGGGCCGCACGCAUAACACAUCAUCAAAACACCCCACCCAGGCCACCCACGAUCCCGUCCUGCUGGCUGUCGUCUUUAUACAGACAUUGUUUCGGUGCUGUUACUACCUCUGAUGCCAGCUUAAAGGCGAGACCACUCUGUCCCCCCAUUCCACAAUUGUACCCUUUACACAGCACAGAGAGGAAGAAUUACAGCAUGAAAGUCACGCCUUGAAGAUGCAGUGUAAAAGGGUCUAUAGAAAAAGUUCUUUUACAUGGCAGAGAAAUCUUACAAAAUAUGUAAACAAAGAGUUAAAACCAGCUGAUUGGUUGUUUUCUAGAUUAUUGCUUAGUCCAUUGUUGACUUUUCAUCUAGCGCCACUGUCAGUUCAGUCAGUUCUGUAAAGACGGAGGCCAGGCAACUGGAAGCAAAGACUACUUAGACUGAACACUGAACAAAUGCCUAGGAUUUGAACUGUUUAUGGCUGUUCCAGAUGAUAGAGUUUGAGAGUCUGAACAGUUCAGCAGGACGUUCAGGGUGACGGUGACGUAAACAGGUUAAGUUAGCUCUCCAGGCUAAUGUGCACUAACUCCGUUUAUGUGAAUCGAAAUGUGACACCAGUAGGGUGGCAGCGGUGCAGGAACCAUCUCAGAAAAUAUCCCAGUUUUACAGAACCAUUAGUUCUGUCAGUUACAAUGACCUUUAAAGUAAUGAAAAUAGUUGGGCUUUUUUUAAUUACAAGACUUUUUAUUUCUAUAAUUAAAACUUGCAACAAUUUUUUAAAAUGGAAGCAUGGGGAGAUUCUACAUCCAGUUGCAUUUUUUUAAUACUGUAGAUAAGCAAAUGCAUACAGUAUGAUAACUGUCAAAUUCUAUACCAUGGUAUACCUCAAAUAUAGACCAGAGACUGUGUUGUGUUAGGUUGCUGUGAGCUGUAAAUUCACCACUUCUGAUCAGAAAGAAAAAGUUAUCUCAGAGUCUGAUCGGUCAAAGCCUCUCUUCCUCCAGGCAGCUGCCUCUGUCUGACUCAGACUCAGCCUAGUCUAGGUCCACUGAAAGCAAGGAACGCUCACUCUGCAGCUAAAUCUGGGGACUGAAACAUUCCCAAAAGUAAACAGCACACUGAGUGACCAAAAACUGCUCAACCUGAAAAAUCUCUCUGACUAAUUAAUCCAAUCUUUUAGGGGCGGCCCUAGUUAAGAAUGACGCAAAAUACAUCUGGACUGAGAGACAGCUGUAGGAAUUUUAUUUGAAUUACAUUUCAAACCUCGUAUGGGUUUCUUUACACAUUCAUUUAUUUGUGGCAGCCCGCAACGAUCAAAACAUCUGCUGCCACAAAUAGAUUGUCUAUUUUUGGAGUUGGACUGUUAGUUAGCAGCGCUGUUGAUAGAUAUACUGUUGAGUUAUUUACAGCACUACACUGUCUGAGCGCAGAGUGUACUCUUACACAGAUGGAGCAGCAGAACGUCAGGUGCAUUGAAAGUGAAACUUUAACGUUUAUUCUACUGGGUCUUAACUGAUUCUAACUUGCCUCUGCAGCAGCCGCUCCUCUCGAUCUGAUCUGGUCAGCUCUGAAUUGAUCAAUUAUCCACACCGCGAUUCACAAAAUACUGCUAAGGGGAAAAAAAGAGCUCCGUCUGCACGGACCCGUAAAAACAUCUGAAUUUAGAGAAGGGACACACACAUUUUAAAGGAAAAAAAAGUUUUUUAGUAUAGAAUGUCAUAAUACCAUACUACUACAACCCAGUCGUCAGCUACCGCCACACAAACUCAAAUUCUGUGGGAAACACUGCACUACACUCCCAAUGUGGUUUGCAUCCCAUUUGCAAAAGUUAUGUUUCAUGUGGUGUUUUGCAGUCCAGACUUUAUUAACUAAAUCUUGAAAUGACAAAAACAACAACAACUGUUGCUGGCAGUCUGAACAAGCCCUGAGUCUUGUUACAUUUCUGUUCUUAACCAAAAAUAUAGUUUGUCACUUCCAGUCUUUAUGCUAAGCUAGGCUAACACUUCCUGACUUCAUGAAAAAAUGAAGAAAAUGAAGAAGCCUUAUUUGAAUCCAGUUACUGUCAGAGCGCCAGAGACCCCAUAAAGCUGAUUUAUGCUCAGUGUUAGAUACGGACACGGACGGACCCCUCUCUCUGUACUCUGCAUUCUCUGUAUUUGUAUUUGUGCACAUUUUCUGAAAGCUUUCGGGUACAGACAAAACUGAGCGGUAUCAUUAGAGAUCAUGGGGGCAUUUUAGCGUACUUCAACAAGAUAGGACCACUGGACUCAACAAAGACAUUUUAAAAAUGGCGUAAAGGAUUGAAUCAUUAAUACUGUAAAAAUAGUUCUUCGUCCAUACUUCCCAAUGUACUUAAUGGCCUCAUAAAACACAGCCAUCUACGACACUGCCUCGGUUAAAAGUUACAUUAUCAGGACCUCCUCCACCAUCGCCAUGUUUGUUGUUGUCAGAAACUUUUGACCCUCCAGUGCCAGGUAGUGGAUGUGGCAUGGGGGUAUGAGAGCAGUAACGGUCUCAAAGUUUGAAAUGAACUUAUGUAUUUUUGUAUGUAAAGGGAGUUUAAACAAGCCCUUACCUGUUUACAGUGCUGUGAUGAUGUCACAAAGGGAGUUUGUCACCUGUUCAGCCUCCAUCAUGUUUGUGCGGUUACAUGAAUCUACGCCCCUAAAAUGUUAUUUAAGAAUAUGAAUAGUUUCCAUCAGUUAAAGUCCCUUCUGUCUGUAUUUAAUGAGCAGCACACGUUUAAUUUAAAUCCUCUUGUCAUUCCAAGAAAAGAUGCUCUAACUGUUUCACUGUGACUUAAAAUGAUGUCAGAUAUAUCUGUUCAUGUUGUUGUUAACAACAGUACAAAGAAAAAACUGAAGUACACUGUGUUGAAAGCUCUGGAAACAUCCCAGAAAUCCAGAAGUACAGUAUGAUCAAAAGUUAUAAUCCUCUAAUAGUUAAAUGAAAUCAAACCCUGCUUUUUUCAGCCACAGCAAUUUAAUGUAUUAUUAUCAUUACUAUUUUUUUUUUUAAAUGUAAUUUAAUGAAUAAUUAUCUCUCUUUAUUGCAGUUUUCAUUGCUUGUGGUGGAGUCUGCCACUCUUAAAGAUUGCUUUUAGCUUGGACACAAACAGUAGGACAGUGUAAUAGACUGAGUUUCUGGGGGGGGAUUGAAGCUGUGAUCUCAAAGCCACCAGACUCCACUGACAAAAACAGUCAUUUUACUUGGCAGAACACAAAGUUGCUGGUCUACCCAAAACUGAUCUGUUAGUGUGUAAGGUGAGGCAGAGCAAAUACUCAAAUGCAGCGUACCCUUGCACUAAUAUUGACUGUUUUUUUAGGUGUCUGAAAUACAUUUCUGUCCACAGCAGUGCAUUGUUAAGCUUUCAUGCAGGUAGAUUUGGUUUAUCAAAGAUGAUAACAGGACAACACAGAAUAUUUUUAAACUAGGGUAUGCAGCAGAGUAUCGUAAUAUUUUUGUGAGGCAAUAUCAUAUGGUCACACAUUGCCAAGUAUCUUUUUUUAUUAUAUGGAUUAAUGAUAUUAAAAUUCAAAUUAAACUUAAGGUAGGUAACUACUAGAAUAAUAAAAAUCAAUUGCUUUUUCAGUCCACUAGAUACAUUUUACUGCUGCAGAAAAUGCCUUAAGUGAGAUGGACAGACUGAAACAGGGUGUCUACAGUAGUGUUCAUUUUGAACUGACAUCAGUGUGUUGUGUGUGUGAAAUAGUACUUAUACAUGUGUCUCACACACACAUACACAUAAAUAUAUGUAUAUUUAAUGUGUAUUUCUGUUGCAGGUUUGGUCUUAAAAUUUAUAUAAAGUGGUAUUUAAAAAGGCCUUAAAAAGUCUUAUAUUUAACUUGGUUAUAUCUGUAGACGAGCAGUGAAAACUUUAUCUUAUUAGCGAAAACAGAUGCUGACAAAUUUUUCCUUCAGGGACAUAAUUUACAGUUAAAAAAAGAUAAUUAAUCCCAAUAUGUCGGAAUAUAUUUUAUCACAAUACUCAGCAUAUCGCAACAUAUAUAAUAUUGCAAUAAUAUUGCAUCAUGACUUAAGUAUUGUAAUAAUAUUGUAUCGUGGUGCCUCUGGUGAUUCCCACCCCUUCUGUAAAUGUUGACAACAGCAAUCAACAAUUUUGCGGAUUUCACACAUCUUUGCGUCUGUAAUCAACUGCCAGUUUUCUGCCCCGAAGUGAUUGCUGUUAUUCGUGUGAUGUCACGGUGAUUUGGUCUAUAAUUUAACGCAAUACAUAAAUAAAGCUGAUUUGAUUUUGUGAUUUUAUAUAUCCAUUAAAUGGCUAUUGCUGAAAAAAUGCAGCCCAUAAAUAGAAUCAAAAACUGGGUUUGAUUUCAUGAAAAACUGCUGAGUGAAUAAUGAACAGCUACUUAACAGAGACAGCAAACUAGCUCGAGGACAUGGCCAAAUGCAAGUAUGAAUGAAUAUAUUAAACCGUGUGGACCUUGAACUAAUCACUAAGGAAAAAUCUGGACCAGUUGGGAACCAUUGGUAUAAAGUGCCUUCUGGCAGAGUUUACUCCAAGAUGUCACCACAUUUUCUAGGUCAGGAUUCAACCUCACAACCCGUCCUUCACUCUGUGGAGCUGAACAUUUGACUGAAGUUUUAUUUGAUGUUUUGCUUCCAUCUGUUUGUUUCUUUUCUCAUUUGUGUUCAUAAAGGGAUUUAAUAUGUAGCUGCUGCAGAGCUACAUUUAUCUGUUUCUUUAGACACUUUAUCAAUGUGUUUCCAGUGUCUCAUUUCAGUUUGCUGUGUCUUUGGGUGAAACCAGGUUGAAAUAUUUUUGUUUUUAUGAAUGAAGACUGAUGUGGACCAACAGAGUGUAAAGACAGAGUCCAUCCCUGAAGCAGAACACAACUGCUGUUACAGAACAUCAGGUUUUUACUGAUUUAUUAGGAAAUAUUCAUUUUUAAAGCCUCAGACCUGCUGAAAAAACUUCACUGCAUCAUUUAAAAAUAUGAUGGAGGAGCAAUAUGACGUGUUUUAUUCUGCUUCAGGGGGGAUUUUCAACAUUUCAUUCCAGACUGUUACUAAUGUGAUGCUACUGCUUAAUAAAAACUCGUUAAUACG